GCUACAGACAGGAGCAUAAAAUAUGCAAAGGAGAACAACUGCGUGAGCUGAUAGCUUGUUAGCCCUGUAGCUCCCAAACUUGCAGUUAGCAAGGAGUUGUGCUGUUGAGAAUGAGCAUGGCAGACAAUUUUAAAGGAAAAACGUCAAAAGAGCAGAAAUACGAUCGACAGCUCAGACUGUGGGGUGAUCAUGGACAAGAAGCGUUAGAAAAUGCUCAUGUUUGUUUGAUCAAUGCUACAGUUUCUGGGACCGAAAUUCUUAAAAACCUGGUGCUUCCAGGCAUUGGCGCAUUCACCAUUGUAGAUGGACACAAAGUCUCUGGAGAAGAUGUUGGAAACAACUUUUUUCUAAGUAACAACAGCAUUGGAAAGAAUCGUGCCCAGGCUGCCACAGAGCUCCUACAGGAAUUGAACAGUGACGUAUCUGGAAACUUUGUCGAGGAGACUCCAGACAAGCUCUUGGACAAUGACCCGGAGUUCUUCCACAGGUUUAGCUUGGUGAUUGGCGUUCAGCUCCCCGAGAGCACAUUUCUUAGACUGGGGGCAGUUUUGUGGAGUGGCGCAGUGCCCUUUCUGCUGUGUAGGACGUAUGGCCUCGUUGGGUACAUGAGACUAGUGGUGCAAGAACACACAGUCAUUGAAUCUCAUCCAGACAAUGCAUUGGAAGACUUGAGGCUGGACCACCCAUUUGCUGAGCUGAACAAUCACAUUCAGAAUUAUGACCUGGAUAAUAUGGGAAAAAAGGAUCAUAGCCAUACGCCGUGGAUAAUCAUCGUCGCUAAGUAUCUUGAAAAAUGGUUCAGUGAGCACAAUUUUCAGCUACCGAAGAACUACAAAGAGAAGGAAGCAUUCAGACAGCUUAUUCGGCAAGGAAUCCUCAAGAAUGAUAACGGAGUUCCUGAAGAUGAGGAGAACUUUGACGAGGCAAUCAAGAAUGUGAACACGGCCCUGAAUCCCACCAAGAUCCCCAGUGCAAUAGAGGAUCUCUUCAAUGGGGAGCAGUGCAAGAACAUUACGUCUCAGACGGCGGCGUUCUGGGUGAUGGCCCGGGCGGUGAAGGAGUUUGUGGAGAAUGAGGGUGCAGGAAAUCUGCCUGUGAGAGGCACCAUCCCAGACAUGAUCGCUGACUCUGAGAAAUUCAUCAAACUCCAGAGCAUUUACAGAGAGAAAGCAAUGCAAGAUGCCAUGGUUGUGUCAAAGUAUGUGGAAUCUCUGUUGCAGUCAGUUGGAAAGCCAACAGAAAGCAUUUCUGAACAAGACAUUAAGCUCUUCUGUAAGAAUUCAGCUUUUCUGAGAGCGGUGAGCUGCCGGUCGCUAGCUGAGGAGUACAGCAUGGACUCCUUCUUUAAGGACGAGAUCACCUCCUGCAUGGACAGCCCCGACAGCGAGAUGGUGCUCUACCUCAUGCUGCGCUCGGUGGAUCGCUUCUACCAACAGCACUCCCGCUAUCCAGGCGUCUACAAUUAUCAGGUUGAAGAAGACAUUGGCCAGCUGAAGUUGUGUGUGAACGGCUUGCUGCAGGAAUAUGGCCUGAAUGUGAAUGUAAAAGAUGACUACGUACAUGAAUUCUGUCGCUACGGUGCUGCUGAACCCCACACAGUAGCAUCUUUCUUGGGAGGAUCUGCUGCUCAGGAGGCUAUCAAAAUUAUCACACACCAGUUUGUACCUUUCAACAAUACCUUCAUUUACAACGCCAUGUCUCAGACAUCUGCCACUUUCCAGCUGUGAAAUAAAGCAUUUGCUCUAUGCUGUACCAUUAUUUACUGUGCUGUAAAAUGUUUGUUUGUUAUUUAAUGCUUUAAUAUAUAGCCCGCAAGUUUAUCAAAAUGUCGCCAAAUGGGAUAGUCCUUCUUGUCACACGUUAAAGGGCUUUAUCUUCCCGUUUUGUUCUUUACUGAUAUAGCCAAUUGUCAAACAAUGUUUGAUGGAAGUCAAAAGUUUAUUCUGUAUAUAUCACUGAAAUGAGACAUUGAACUUAGUCACAAUCUUCUUAUGUUUGGAAACUUACUGUAUUUGCACGGUCUUACAUGCAGAACAGGUGACGUAUGCAUGAACAUUGAAGUGGGUUUAUCCACAGUGGAAAUAAUUGCAGUUUGUUCGUUAACUACCACUUAAUUACAACAUUUGUAUUUUUUUGUUGGUGAUAAUUUAAAAACAUAAUGGUAUGACUAUAUUUUGCCAGUGAAGCCUCAUUAGCUAUUCUGGCAUCUAAAUGUUGGGUCUCGUGCCAAUUGUUGACUUUUUUGUAUCCUCCUUUCAAAGAAUGGAGGUCACCUUGUUUGCAUUCUGAAGAAUAUAGACUUCAGUUGUUUCAGUAUAAUUACUGAUAUUGGCGAAUUUCGUCAUAUAAUUGGUUGUUAUUAUGUCUAACUCAGCUAUUUCCAUUGUAGAUGUCCUGGAUUUAUAUCACUAUAUUAAUGGUGUACUACAUAAAUACUGUGGGAAAUGCCUUGUGUUUGUCACAGAGAUGCAGAAUUGUGAUAAAUUAAUAAGGUGUCCUGAGUAAAACAUUUUCCUGCACCAAAGUGGUGACGGUAAAAAAUAAAAUUGUACAUACUUCUCAUACAGUAUGUUUUUUGUCACUGGCGUAUGUCCAUUAACACACAACACUACAUUGUUAAAUGUGCCCAAUCUUCCUACAAACCUGAAAGCAGUGCAAAAGUGCAUAGUGUGCCUUCAGAAUUAGAAAAAAUAUGCAGCAGAGAUUGCUAGGUUCACUACAAAAAGUAGCCUACCUAUUCCUUGCCUCAAUGCUUCCUUCAGUGACAAAUACCAUACUUUCUAAUGUAUCAUUUAUACAUUUCUGAAAAUGUAUACCAUAUAAUUGGAAGGUAUUUUAGGCUUUUCCCUCUCGGCAUUACAUUAUAACAGCGCCGUGAAAAAUUAUUUGCCCCAUUCCUGAUUUCUAUUAUUGCAUAUUUGUCACACUGAAUAGAAGGAAGGGGGCAAAUGCUUUUCACGGGACUGUAUCAAGCCACUGCUCAUAGCUACUUUUUUAUACUCAUAUUUGCCCUAAGGUGACAAAAUUACUUUUGUUAUAUUGGAAUUGGACAGCAGCAUAUAAUAUGCACAAGCUUUCGCUCGUAUACUAAGACAAACAUCAAGUCAUGAACUUUACGUGUUCCAGUGCUAUCUUGUCUAGCUUCAUCAAUGUAGACAAACAAAUUUAUUGCUCAACCUGCAUUCUGUACAGUGUCCUGGCUUAUGCUGAUUCAACUGGACUGCGUAUUUCCUGGAAUAUGGCAGUAAACCCUUUGUUUCUGCUGUACUAAGGGCAGGUGUGGCCACACAUUUAAAUGAACUCACUCUGUAAAUUGUGUCUACUGGACCAGGCCAUUUGUUCUCAGACAGUCAACUAAUUUAAUUAGCAUUGGCACUGGUGCAUAUUAUGAAAUGAGCUAUUUCAUAUUGGUGUCUCCGCUGGAGUAACUUGCCGUGAGCUAAUGCCUGAUGGUUGUAAAAAAAAAAAUGUGUGAAAAGGUUCUUUGAGUUUUGGCAGGCUUACUUUGGGAAUCCAGCUGUUGGUGUGAGAAAGACGCUGAGAUCAGCUUUUGGUGUUGGCAAAGGGCUAAGUGAUGAAUCCUCCACCGGUAUGCUAAUUAAAUUACAUCUGAACAGGCUGGAAAACAAAUGGUCUGCACUUGCUGGCUUUAUGCAUCUUGCCGCCUCUUUAGAGAGAUUUUAGAAGGGUUUCCUGUUUUAAGACUCCCAAUGCCUAUGGGUCCUGAAAGGUGAUUAUAAAUAAUCUAUUAGAGGUGGAAGGUGAGACUGAUUUUCUUCUGCAUUCCAGUGAGAAAGAACCAUACCAGAGAAUCUUGCUGAUUUUAUUCAGACCUUGAGCACCUUUGGUGUCUGAAGCAUCUGUACUCUCUGAAUUCCCAGGUGUAUGCUGUAAUUGCCCUUUUCUCAAUGGAACAGUCAGAAGAGCAUAUUUAUCAAGUGUCUGGGCAUCAUCAUUCAUAAGUAAAAGAAGAACAUUGCACAUUUCUCAUCCUUUAAAAAAAAAAAAACAGACAUUUCUUGCCCUCUGAAUAAAAAAAGGUGCAGCAUUUAAGACUAUGUUCAUCCUGCAAGUUGAAACAUUGCAUUUUGGUGCUUUGCAUAUGAGAGAACUGCAUGCUGAAGAAUUUUGGAUGAGUUCUGUCACAACUCGUGAACUUGUCAUCUCCAGUCAGUCAUUGUUACAUUCCUCCAUGGGAGUGAGCACUUUGUGUUUGUUUCCUGACUCGGAUGUCUCAGAUGGAUCUAGUAAGCAAUUUCCGGGAGAAGGGUGGAGUGCUGUUUGUUUACAACCUUCCCAAAUCAAGUAACUGUUUACUGAGGAAAUGGACAGCCUACCCCAUUUACCUAGACUGAAAGUAAUGAUGUUUUUGACUCUCUGACUAACCUCAAGGAAAACAAGAAUCAGCCAACUUUUUUAUUUCAAUUGCUCAGCUUCUUAAUGGAAAAACUAAACAGUGAUGACCACUUGCGUUGUGCAAAUGUAACUAGGUGAACUUCUUGUGCUUUAUAAUUCAGUGUACACGCAGUAGCAGUAGAUGGCGCCAUUUCCCAUGUGUGUGAUGCAAGGAAAGGGCCAUUUUGUUACUCGUAGAAUCAGAUCAUUUUGAGUGAUAUAACUCUGGAGGGUUGAUUCUUUGAACUGAGCAACAUUAAUAAAAGGACUCAUUUUCCUCA